UAAGUUACUCCUCGAAAUGUCAACAUAAACAACAGGCAAUGGAAAAGGAAUCUUGCGAAAAACAAUAAUGGAUUGCUAAAUUUGAUCACAAUAUCCACCUAUUUCUGCGCCGAGUGGGACAGUAAUAGUUGAACGAGUGCAUAAAGUGGAAGUUCAAGCUCAAUUAUUGAAAAUGAAUGAAAAUAUAGCCCUAGAAGUGAGAUUUGGAGGAGAAACACAAAUUUACAGCCCUGCUUACAAAACAUCAUGGCAGGAUCUUCUCGCAAUGCUCAAGUGUUCUUUCGAUUUGGAAGAUGUCUUUGCAACCUACAUUGAUGAUGAGGAAGAUGAGAUUGCCGUAGACACUGAAGAAGAAUAUGACCAGGCCAAAGCAUUGGCUUCCAAGUGUCAGAACGUGCUUCGUCUUAGAGUCUACCCCAAGGACAAGAGACCCAGCUUGGACUCUAUUCGAAAGGAAAACGCAAGUCCUCCUGAGACAACAGAAUCAGUGAAGAGGAAGAGAGCGCAUACACCACCUCGGCCAGAGAAAGAAACGCCAAACACCAAACCAGGCCCUACCAUCCCCAGUACCCCUCCCAUCCCUGUGCCCCCACCACGCCCUAAAGUUCCACCUCGCCUGACCCGGACAAACUCGUUACCCUCCCACAAGCAGCCUCAUGCUGUGAGGUCUUAUGUGAUGGAGGCAGUGGAGGAACUCAAACAGCUAAAUGUAUCCACCCCAGAGCAAAGUGACGGUCCUGAUAAAGAAAGAGAGUUGAUAGACCAGAUAGUCAAAGGAGUGAUCGAUGGUCUUGGAAAACCUUACUUGGACAAGACCCAACCUUACCCUUGGGAGCCAUCCCAGAGAAUGGUUGGGACCGGGUCCCCGGUGUGCUCCACCCCUCCAACCAAUGAGCAAGGGACCAAGCCCAAGAACAGAACACCAGCUAAGCUAGUACAUGCAGGUGUAAAAUGUGACAAGUGUGAUUGUGUUAUCUCUGGCAUCAGAUACAAAUGUGGCCAUUGCCUGAACUUUGACCUAUGUGAAGAGUGUGAAGCUCUGCCUGGCGUGCAUGAUGUUAACCAUGUGUUCCUGAAGCUCAAACGACCAGCAUAUCGUAUUGGAAUGAAGUCUGAUGGAAGGGUUGCUCCUAUCUUCAAACAUCCUAUCUAUGCUGAUGAUGACACACCUGUCUGGGAAUACAAGAUCAAGAAAUUUGAGGAGAAGAUGGCCAGGAAAGCUGCUCGGGCAGAGCUCAAGCGAAAAUACCGAGAGGAGAAGCGCCGUGUCAGGGUCGAGUGUCACAGCCAGGUAUCACCAACUAAGAGAGAGAGGAUAGAGAAGAUGGCUGAGAAACAGGCCGAGCAGAUCGUGGUUGCUGCAAGUGUGGCUGCCUCCCCUACAACCUCUACCACUUCAGCAGCAGAUUCCACCUCUGAAACAACUCCUCUGCUUGCACUGACCAAGUUUGAUGCUGCCUUUGUUAGUGAUGGUAACUUGCCGGAUGAGACCCAUCUUCAACCCAUGACUAAGUUUGUCAAGAGCUGGAUCAUGGUCAACAAUGGUAGUGUGCAGUGGAACUCAGAUACAAAGUUGAAGUACCUGUGGGGUAACAUCAAAGUCCUUUCCCCUGACCCAAUGAUCAUCCCACUCCUGUUACCGGGAGAGGAAGGACCCAUCUGUGUGGACUUUGAAGCACCUGCCAAACCAGGCCACUAUCAGAGUCACUGGAGACUUACACAGAAGGGGGAACAGUUUGGCCAUCGUGUCUGGUGCAAUAUUAUUGUGGAUAAGGCUGAAAUCUUGGAGCCUAAGUGUGAGAGCAAGAAAACUGUGCAGGAGGAGCUGAUUAUACCAAAAGUCAAGGAGAAUGAUGGAGUCCAGACUGAGUCCAGUGAGAAUACAGCAUCUAGUGCUGUGGCCCACCUCCAGAGUGACCAAUCAGAUAACGGCUCUCCGACCAGGAUGGUAUCAUCCUCUGAUGUUCUUACUGCCCAUGAUGUCCUCUCGUUUGAACUGCUCAGUAUCCAUGAUGACCAGGAUGCAGACAAGGAAGUUGCUGGCGUGAACAGUCCUGCUGCCACUACUACGCCUAACAAUACUCCAAUAGUUGGACUGACCCCCUGUAUCUCACCAAUCCCUCAGCUGGAUGAGAAGCUCCUAUGCCGUAGGGUAUCUGAACACAGCGACCUUGAGAUUAUCCAUCGUGAAGACAUCCCAGAGAUCAUUGAAACCCAGGAUACAGUCAAAGAUGGACCAACCAUGGAGAUAGCUCAGGAUGGUGUUCCAGUAGCAUCCUCUUUCUCUGAUAAUGAAGAUGAGGUUGAGAGUAUCUGUAGUUCGUCUGAUAGUGACAUGCUUGAUGACUACUGCGUGGUACCUCUACCAGAUUGCUUUGAUCCUUCUAAACCUUUGGAUAAGUCCAUGAUUCUCUCUAGGACAUCCAUGUCUUCAUCAUUGACCUCUAGCAUUCUAGCACCAAGUGCUGAGAGCGCACCCCUGGUCAGGUUACCUAGUUAUGAAGAGAGCCAAGCAGAGAUUGAAAGCACCUCCACUUCUGAAGUUCCCUCCACAUCGGAAAGUUCAUCCAUGUCUCCAAAAGCAUCCACUCCCAUCAUCAUAGAGGAAGAAGUUCCUCAGUUUGCAGCAGCUGCUGCUGCCCCUGAAGACACUGCAACUCCAUCUGCUGAGCAAGACUGUGGAAAGACAGAAGAGAUCAUCCAGAUGGAAAAGGUCCAAGCAGAAGACUCUAUCAAUGCUGAACCUUCCGUAGAUGCCAUGCUAAGCACUUCAAACCCUGCUCUGGAGAUCACCCCGCUCAUCCCGUUAGUGGCUGCUACCCCUGUUCAGAAGCAGCAGGUCAGUGAUGCUACCAUCCCGUCCCCCAAGCCGACCACACCCAGCCAGGAGACAGUCACAGUUGCACCCAUGCCGGAGAUCACUCUCCUGGCCAGUCCAGUACCGACCCAGUCUGAGGAGGCUGUGCUGAUCAACCCAGAAGGGAGUGUCAUUUACGCCACAAGACAGCGUGAGGUUGUGAGAGAGUCUCGUACAACCCCUGCUGUUGGUGGUGCUGAAGGGACCAACCUUGACUUGAUUGAAACAACUGUCCAACCUCAAGAAACAAAGGUCCAAGAACCUGAGAGGCAUGAGGAUCAUGAUGAUGAGUUCCACGAUGCUCAAGAUGUACCAACCCAGCAGAUGAAUACCCAAUAUAACAACACCUACAAUGAUGUCCAACUUGAAACUGACCCAGUUGAUCUCCUAGGGUACACUGCAGCACGAGCAGUAGAAGUAGCAGGUAGUGUUGUUAGACAAGCCUUUGAUACAGCUGCUAGCUCUGUGAAUGCUCUUCUAAGACCACAGCCCAUCCCGAUGCCUGCCCCAUACGAACCACCAAGCCUCUCACCUAUGGACCAGCUGAUUGAGAUGGGCUUCGGCAACAGGACCAAGAACCAGGAACUACUAGAGAAGCAUAAUGAUGAUGUGUCAAGGUGUGUCCAGGAUCUCCUUCAAGCAGAGGACAAUAAUUGGUCUGAUACCAGACACUAGGACCUAGACCUUUCUCCUCCAAGUCCAUGAGUGGUCAAAUAUUGGUAUCAAGGUCCUAGAGUAAAACCUACAUUUCUUAUUGAUUGAAUUAAAUUUACUGGAAUUUAUUCUGAUAUAAAUGAAAAGUUACUACUGUGCAUUGUAGAAAUACCUUGUCUUUUCCAUGUUAACUUUAUUUACUCAUAUAGGCCUGCCUGUAGAUGUGCUGCAAAGAGGGUUUAAAUGUCUAAAUUUGUAUGGCUUUUGUAUGGGGAUAAGGGUAUAUGUGUUGAAGUGCAGAUAGUAAAAUUCGUUCAUCAUGUGUGAAAAAAAAAAAAAUUAAUUUGUGAAAAUUUGUGCGAAUAUGCCAAUUUUAUUUCUCCCUUUUCCAUUCAAGGUUGAGUUUCAACUUUCAUAUACUGUUAAGACUGGCUGCGUUCCUUAUUUCUUCCUAAUAAGUUAUGAAUCAUGAUUAUGUAGUGUGAUGCAAACAUCAUUCAUAGAUCAUACAUGUAUAUUUUUUCUGUAUGAAGUGGUUGAUAUUGGAUUUUGUCCUUUUGUAAUGACUGGAUUUUGGGCAUAUUGCCUUGUCAAUUGAGGAAUCUUUUUAAGAUCAUGACGUCUAUUCAGUAAUAAGGCAACCAAGGAUCCAGGUGAUAUAAAAUUGAUGUUCAUGUAAUUUUCCUGUUUGAUAAUGAAUGUGUGAAAUUUGCAAUUUCGUUUUAGAGCAUUCAUAGAUGUAGUUGCUCAGUAUUGUGUCAGUUUCUGCAUUCAGAAUUUAUUGAUUUAUGAUACUUGUAUGUGGUUCAUUAAACAAAAUCAUUUAUUUUCUUCCAUUUCAAUUUUCCUCAUCUUUUCUCAUUCAAAUCUGUUACAGCAUACCAAAAUAGAAAUAUGCACAAACUUGUAUACAAUAUCCUUAGAGACCACAACUUGUGAUGGGAUAAGUCUGUAACACUUGCACUUAACAUUUACUAUUAUUUAUAGGGCUAUGAAAAGAAAAUAACUUUAUCUAUUGUAAAACAACAUAUAUUUGUUAAUUUGUCUUUUUAGAUUUAUUUUUGAUGACUUAUCUUUUUAAGAGAUACACAGCUAUCUCUCAUUUUUUUUCUCUAUCGUGUAUUAUGUAAUAAUUGUAAAUAUUUAAGAUAUUAUUCUCAUAUGGAGUAGAGCUGAAAUUAUAUAAGAAAUGUACUGUAUUAUAAAUUGUAGAUAAAAAGAUUGAUUUAUGAUGAAGAUCGUUUGACUCUUCUGUUAAGAUAAGCUCUGUCAUGUAAAAAGUAAAUUAUUAGGCUUUUGAGUCAUUUUCAUUUAGAUAUUGACAAAAAAAAGUUUUGAAGGAAUAUCAAGUGUAUGUGUAACAUUGUCUUCUUUUCCACAUUAAAAGCUUUAUAAAUAUGUACUUAUUAACUUAAUACACUGUUAUUAAGGCAGAUACCCUCUUGUACACGAAUUAUGUUUAUCCAUCCAAUGCAAUUUGACUGCAUGUACGUCAUUUGAAUUAGAUAUUCAUUAUUAGAUAUUUUUCCCCUGUAAUAUCAUUAUUAUUACUUACUACUUAUACUGUACUUUUCCCAUGAGGCCCAAAUCGCUUGCAAUGAAAUAAUUCAAUAAUUAACUAUAUUCAAGUUUCUAUUUGAAAGGUUAAAAGAUUUUUUUAUUAUUUUUUUUAUGUUUUAGUAUUGUCCUGUAGUAAGCAAAUAUACUAGAGACUGUCUGUACCAGCUAGGGGACGCUCCCAAACUAACAUGCAUGCCCCAUCCAUUACUAGCAAUGGCACAUAAAUAUUUCAUGCUCACUGAAUGCACUUUCGUUGCAUUGCCUGCCAAUGCUAUGUAAUUUAGUCUUAGUAAUGUCAUGAAAAACAAUGAGAUGUGUUUUAUUGUUCCCACAUGCACAGAUGGAUUAUACUGGGUAAGGAAAUCUUUUCUUUUGUUUCAGAUAGGUUUACAGGAAGGUUCUUGUAUAGUCACUGAAAUCUUGAAAAGAUUGUGAAACUAAAAACUUGCAGUACGUGUAUAUAUCCAAACAACAAUAAGUAGGUUUAUCUAAUAUUCCAUUGUUAGAUCUAUUGUAUGUUAUUCCUUUGUAUAGUAGAAAUUUGGCUUUGUGAUUCACUGUGAGAUUAUUUGCCAGUGUAGUUUAAUUAGAGGUAGUAAGAUUAUGAUACAGAAAAAAAUAUAACUAAACAAGAUUCUACACUAUCCUGGCAGGAAAACAUAAUCUAAAAGGGAAAACUUGCUUGAAUUCUUAUGGAAAAAGAUUGAAAAGUGUUUGUAUCACUAAUGAUGAUGAAGUGAAGUAAUACUUAAAUGCCUGUGUAUGGAUGGGUUUUUUUCAGAGUUUUAUUUGUGGACAAGGAAUAAUAAUAAUGCAGCUUGUGAAUCAAGUGUGAUUCAUCAUGUAUUUGACAUGUUUUAUUUUAAAUUAAUUAUUUUAGGAAGAUGCGAUUGCUGUAGAAUGAAUGCAUGAAGAGGGUGUGCGUGAUAAAAGAGAGAGAGAGAAAGAAAUAACGAUGUGAAAUAUCAUCUUGAAGUAUGAAUUAUUAUGUGAAAUUAAUUGAAGGUGGAGUAUAUUCAAAUAAAGAUGUAUAUUGAA